AUGGCAGGGUUGAGCAUCUACCAGUCUGAGAUGAGGUGUGUUGUGGUGGACGUUGUGGAUCAGAUAGUUAAAUCCUAUGUGAGCUGCAGUGAGUCCGCAAUGACAGUAGAGAUUGAGAAAUCUUCAUUCCCUCGACUCAGUGAGGAUCAUUUGCGGCUCAAUGACCCCACCAACACCGUCUGCAGCCUCCAGAGACACUCCAACAGCACUCAUGUCGUCGCUGUCAUCCCCCUCAACGCUUGUGGCACUCAGAUCGAGGAAGAUGAGGACAACCUGAUUUUCACAAAUGAAAUCACCACCAUCGACAGAAGGACGGAUGUGAUCACCAGGAAACACCUGCUGGAAGUGCAGGUCUGCUGUCAGUACCCAAAACGGGGAAAUGUGUCACAGAGCUUCACCGUGCACAGGCCGAACGUAACGGUCUGGGAGAAAGGCUACGGCAAGUUUACCUACGGGUUCGAGUUCUAUCCUGACAGCACAUUCAGAACCAUGGUGGAUCCAAAUUCGUACCCUCUGGAGUACGAGAUAGGGAGCAGGGUUUUCAUGCAGAUCGCGGCCACCUCUUCAAUCAACAACACCGAGCUGUUUGUGGAAUCCUGCACCGCUGCACCAUAUGACAACCCAAACUCCAGGCCAAAAUACACCAUCAUUGAAAAUGGGUGUAACGUGGACUCGACUCUUCAAAGAUACGCCCCUAACCACCAGAGACAGUUCAAGUUCAGCAUGGAGGCCUUCAAGUUCAUCGGUCAGAAUAACCAGGUGUACAUCAGCUGUUCAGUCAUGAUGUGUGAAGCAGGGAACCCCAACACCAGGUGUGCACAGGGAUGCAUCAACUCCACCCAGCCAGGUGGUCACAACAUCGCAAAGAGAGAGGUUGUCACCCAGACUUCAAGGCACCUGGUUUCCCAGGGUCCCCUCCGCUUAAAGAGAUCAGCAGAAGGUGCUGAAAGUCCAGUGAUGAACCCGAACCUGAACCUGAACCUGGUCUUCAUCGCUGGAUGUCUUCUUGCAGCUGUCGGCAUGAUCAGUGCUGUGGUCAUGUACAAAACCAAAGUGUCAAAGGUCAAAUACCAACCUCUGAACGCAUUCGAGAGUUAAACAACUGUGUGAGCAGAAUAUAAGAUCUGUUUUUUAUUAAGUUUGAAGAUAUGAAGCUCUUGAUGAUGGGUGUCGGGUGUCUUUUUUAAACAAAUGCAUGUAUCUUACAUACAGAAAUUUUUACAUUAAAUGAAACUUAAAAUGAAGGAUGAACAGCUGGUGCUG